GUGGGUCCGGGCUCAGCGCGGAGGAGUCGCCGUCCCUAAGAUCAGGCCCGAGCCGGGACACUUGUGAGAAGUUGGAGGUAGAAGUUCUCCUAUGAUUGCCUUCAAAUUUCUGGUAUUUUCCACAGUCUACUUUAUAUCCAGGAUCAUGGAUUUGUUAAAGUGACCUCAGAACCAGCAACAAAUCAACCCGCCAGUCUUCUAUUGUUCUUGAAGUUCAGUUGCACUGGACAUGUUGCUGCUCUUUAUUUCUGGAUUGCUCGUACAUUUUGUGUUCUUCGCCUCCAUCUUUGAUAUUUAUUUCACAUCUCCUUUGGUUCAUGGGAUGACUCCUCAGCUUACACCAUUGCAUCCUCCAGCAAAGAGAUUGGUGCUUUUUGUUGCUGAUGGUCUGAGAGCAGAUGCGUGCUACGAACUAGAUGAAAAUGGAAAAUCGAGAGCCCCAUAUAUUAGGAAUAUCAUAAUGAACGAAGGUAGCUGGGGGAUCUCUCACACGCGUAUGCCAACCGAAUCCCGGCCGGGUCAUGUGGCCCUGAUAGCUGGCUUUUAUGAAGAUGUCAGUGCAGUUGCCAAAGGAUGGAAGGAAAAUCCUGUAGAAUUUGAUUCUCUUUUUAAUGAGAGCAAAUACACAUGGAGCUGGGGAAGUUCAGAUAUCUUAUCUAUGUUUGUCAAAGGUGCUAGUGGAAACCAUGUGUUUAUGGAUGGUUAUGCCUCUCGCAGUGAGGAUUUUGGUGCCAGUGACGCAGCGCACCUGGAUACCUGGGUUUUUAAUACUUUUAAGGAAUUCUUUCAUUCUGCCAAAAAGAAUCAGUCUUUGCUUUCUCAACUAAAUGAAGAGAAAAUAGUUUUUUUCUUACAUUUGGUGGGAAUAGAUACAAAUGGACAUGCUCACCGGCCAUCGUCAAGGGAAUAUAAAGACAAUAUUAGAAAGGUUGAUGAAGGAGUAAAAGAAAUCGUAUCCCUCUUAAAUAAUUUUUAUGGAAAUGAUGCGAAAACAGCAUUUGUCUUUACCUCUGAUCAUGGAAUGACAGCAUGGGGUAGCCAUGGAGCUGGUCAUCCUUCAGAGACUUUAACCCCUUUUGUCGCUUGGGGAGCUGGAAUCAAGUAUCCCCAAACCGUGUCAGCCCAGGAAUUUGAUGACACAUUUUUGAAAGAAUGGAAGUUAGAGAAAUGGAAGAGACAGGAUAUCAAUCAGGCUGAUGUUGCACCAUUGAUGGCUUCUCUUAUCGGAGUUCCCUUUCCCCUUAACUCAGUGGGCAUCCUACCUGUGAAUUAUCUUAACAAUACUGCUUUGUUCAAGGCAGAGAGUAUGUUUACAAAUGCUGUACAGAUGCUUGAACAAUUCAAGGUGAAAAUGACUCAGAAAAAAGAAACUACUUUGUCAUUUUUGUUUACACCAUUUAAGUUGCUUUCUGAUUCUCAGCAGUUCAACCUUCUAGCGAAAGCAAGAUUCAAUAUAAAGCAGAGGAAGUAUGAUGAAGCGGUCUCCAUCUGCACGGAGCUGAUGCAUCUUGCUUUGAAAGGAUUGUCCUAUUAUCACACUUACGACAGAUUGUUUUUGGCCUUCAACGUGGUUCUUGGUUUUGUGGGAUGGGCCUCCUACGUGUCAUUGUUGGUCAUCAAGUCUCAUUCCAGCUUUGCCAGAGGUGUUAAGAAAGAAGUUAAGAAACCAAGCCUUCUCCUGCCAUAUAGUUUUGUGGUUCUCGGCGGUUUUGUCACAGUUUUCCUGCUGAUUCAGUCCUGUCCCUGGACAUAUUACGUGUACUGCUUGUUGCCGCUGCCAAUAUGGUACGCAGUUCUAGCAGAAUUUCAAGUCAUUCAAGACCUUUUCUCAUCACUGCUGACCUUUUCUCUGAGUCAUUUUGUUGGCUCCCUGUUAGUCUUUGCCCUGGGGAUUGAAGUAUUAGUUCUGAGUUUUUUCCACCGCCACGUGCUCACCGUGGGCCUUACUGCGUUUGCGGGCUGGCCGUUCAUCACACAGCUGUGGACUCGAGCAAAGAGCACCUCACUGAGUUGGAUUGUCUUCUGUUUGCUCCUGGCCGUGUUCCCAAUGAUGCCUGUUGUAGGACGAAGCCCAAAUAUCUCUGUAGUGAUGGGCGCGGGCUUGCUGCUUUUACUGAUCUCCCUGUUUGUUGUCACCUCGCUCAGAAGAAGACUUGGUUUCGUCAGUGAACAGCUGCUUCUAUAUUUUAUGCAGGUCCUGAGCAUCGUGCUUUCUGUGUGUGUUGUGUAUAGCACCCAUAAAAGUUUGGACAGAAAAGAAGGACUGCCUUUUUUAAAUCAGAUUGUCAGCUGGGUAUUGUUAGGCUCUUCCUUCUUCACGCCGCUGCUGAGUUCCACGGUCCUCUUCGAGCGCUUGUUCAGCAUUCUCCUGGCCUUGAUGUCCACUUACCUGCUUCUCAGCACAGGGUAUGAAGCUCUCUUUCCAUUAGUGUUGUCAUGUUUGAUGUUUGUCUGGAUACACAUGGAACACGCAACCUUUCAACAAUCUGGUCUCUCCUAUAAACAGAAGGUCAACAGUAUCCAGUUUGCCUCUAACCCUGACGUCACUCGGCACCGGCAGCUCUAUCUGGAUGACCUCCGGAGGGCCUUUUUUCUGGUUUUCUUCAUAGUGACAGCAUUUUUUGGAACUGGGAACAUAGCAUCUAUUAACAGCUUUGAAGUCUCCUCUGUCUACUGCUUUUUGACGAUGUUUAGCCCUUUCGUCAUGGGAGCCUUAAUGCUUUGGAAGAUUAUAAUCCCCUUUAUUCUUGUGAUGUGUGCUUUUGAAGCAGUUCAGUUAACUUCCCAUUUACCAUCAAAAAGUCUUUUUCUCAUGGUUCUUGUCAUAUCGGACAUUAUGGCUUUGCAUUUUUUCUUCAUGGUCCAGGAUCAUGGCAGCUGGCUUGACAUUGGAACCAGCAUCAGCAACUACGUGAUCGUCAUGUGCAUGACCAUCUUCCUGAUGCUGCUCAGUGGCCUGGCACAGCUGCUCACCGCGAGGAGAUUCAGACCCUGGGGCAAACCCAAAAGCCACUUCCGGUGAUGCUCCCGGAGCCAUCUCUCUGACCCUGGAUCCCUUUUCUCAUGCUUCUCUCUGGCCUGAGAUCAAGCAUUAAAUAAGAAGAAGGAGGCUGGAACGAUAGGGCAUUUGCCUUGCAUGAGGCCGACCCAGAUUCUAUCCCCAGCAUCCCAUAUGGUCCCCAGCACCGUCAGGAGUAAUUCCUGAGUGCAAAGCCAGGAGUAAGCCCUGAGCAUCGCCAAAAAGGAAAAAAAAAAGAAGGGUCCAGAUAUAGAGCUUCUUCUGCUCUUCGAGAGGAAAUCGGAUAUGGAAGUCUCCAUGGACAGGCGAUCCGGAAUAAAGGCUCUUUCCUUCUCCCUGGACUUCCUCACACGUGAAAUGGUGUUGUGGCCAGUGGCCAGGAGGAGCUGGUGAAGCACUCUCCACUCCCAUCUUCCUCUUCAGCUGGAUGCUCUUCUUGCUAGUACUUCUGAAUGCCUGUU